AUGACAGAAAUCGAGGAUGAAGAUAUACUGGCAAUACCAAAUAAUAUGGAGACACUAUCACUACCUUCAUCGCCUAAAUCGAAUGAGCCUUUCUUCGGAUACAAUUCUCUUUUAAAUUCAGUCAGCAAUCCAAAUAGUAAAUCUAGUCCUACCAAAUCUCAUUUAUCUGCUUCUGUUGAGCCUUUUAAUCCGUCUCAGCGCGGUGAUUUCAGCGGCAGCAGCAGCGGCAACGGCAACGGCAGUACACCCACAGUCGACUUGAAAUCAUCCCCCGAAUCAGACGCACAUGAUACUCAAUCCUCUUUUAAUCCCCUAUUCAUGCCUCCUCCACCACUCCCACUCAAUGCGCAUCGUACUAACAGCUUCAACCACUCCCAGUCUCAAAUCCACAGCCAUAGCACCAACGCUGACGACAUCAGCACUAUCUUCGUCGUCGGUUUCCCUGACGAUAUGACUGACAGGGAGUUCCAGAACAUGUUCAUUUUCAGUGCAGAGUUCGAAGCAGCGACGCUCAAAAUACCUGCGAAAGAUGUUGUCCCUCCGCCACACAAAGACCCUUACUCACUCGCUCACAUCCCCUCCACGAGUAUCAUGUCCGAGCGUGAAAACGCCCCCGGCAGCGCCGUCGACGAGUCCGCCAACCUGCAUACGAACAACAUGCACAUGCACGCCAACAUGAACAUGAAUCUGAAUAUGAAUGUCACCGCUGCUCAGCAGCUCUCGGCCAGAAAACAGACUAUAGGUUUUGCAAAAUUUAGGAGUAAGCCCGCUGCUCUUGAAGCUAAGGAUAUCCUAUCGGGUCGCAAAAUCGAUAGUGAGCGUGGAUGUGUUUUGAAGGCUGAGAUGGCCAAGAAGAAUCUGCACACGCGUUCCAAGAAGGAGGAGAACUAUAUGCAAGCCACACAUUCGACACAGGAGGGUGUGGGACUGGGAGUGGGAGCAGGAGUGGGAUUAGGUGUAGGUGUUGGUGUUGGUGCGAGAGAUGGUUUCAGAGAAGGCACUCGAGUUAACCCACCUACAUCAACCUCACUCAACUCUCAGACCUCCAAUUCAAGUCUAUUUGGACCAUCCAACUCUGCAUGGGAUGGUCCUAGAUCGUCCGCUGUUUUUGAGGCAUUUCACAACGCAACGAGCUCACCUACGACUGGUUCAAUCUGUUCACCUAAUCAAGAAACAUUGUUUAGGCCAUUUGAUACUGAACCCACACCGCCAUCGGGUGGGUUUGACCCGUUCCAAAGUAACAAAUAUACGUUAUCGCCGUCAGGCCAAACGGGGCAAAGUGGACAACUGCGACAAUCUCGUAACCACGAAAAGUCAAAUUCGAGUACACUAUCACCUCUCAACAGUCUGGAUGCGUACUCUCCACCGAUGUACACCAAUGGGGGUGUUACAGGUGGUGUCAGUGUGAGUGGGAAUGUGAGUGGAAAUGGGAGUGUGAGUGGGAAUGGAAAUGGGAAUGGGAGCCAUAUGAGGCCACUAUCGCCUAGAACACUCGACCCCAAUUCCAACUCAGCCUUAGCUAGUCAGAGUCUGGGCAGGCGGUUGAGUGCAUUGGCUUUAGGACACAACCUGGGUGGAGGACAUGUAUCACACAGCGCGCAAGACUUGACCAGCAGCAACACCACUACCAGUCAUAUUGGCCUGGCAUUGAAUGACGUACAGGUUACGAAAACAUCCCCACCUCCAGCCCAAUCGAGUAGUUUGCAAGCAGGCAGUCUGCAAACGAGUAGUAUACACACAUUGCAUAGUCAAUUAGCGCAAACAGGUGCACAGACGGGUGUACAGACAAGCGCACAAGCGAACGCACAGAAAAACACACAGACGAAUGCACAUACAAAUACACACACACACACACUGACACCGACAUCAACACAAAGUCAAACAUCGAAUACAGCACCAAGUUUAGCACCACUGAAACCGACGAAUCCCGCAGAUCAAAAUCCACCCUGUUCGACAUUGUACGUUGGAAAUUUAACCACACCACCGCCAUCACAGCCGGUUAGUCUAUUGGAGGAUGCUCUGCGAGCAUUAUUUAGUAAGCAGGGCGGAUUUAAGAGGUUGUCAUUUAGACAGAAAGCGAACGGACCAAUGUGUUUCGUGGAGUUCGAAGAUGUACAUGUGGCUACUAAGACACUCCACGAGCUCUACGGGAAUACACUCAACGGAUUAAUUAGAGGUGGAAUCAGACUGUCGUAUUCCAAGAACCCACUGGGUGUUCGAUCGAAUAUGGCGGGUGGGGGGAGUACAGGCAAUACAGGCAACUCAAACCACUCAAGCAACUCAGGCAACUCAGGCAACUCAAGCAACUCGAACAACGCAAACACCUUAAACACCUUAAACACGUUACAGACGCACACGCAUUUGCAUCAAUCAACACGCUAA